CUUUUUUCUCCUCCUCCUCCUCCCCUUCUCCAAGUCUCCCGGUCUCCUUCCUCCUCCCUUCCCGGCCGCCCACCUCCGCCUCCCCCGAUCGCAAUUCGCCCCCCGACCACCGUCCAUGGCGCGGCGAUCCGCUCCUCUCCUGCGCCGCGUCCUCUCCUCCCCGGCGCCGGCGCCGGCGCCGGCGGCCUCGUCUCCGCUUCCCGGUCACGGCGGGGCGCGGCGCACUGUGACCUACAUGCCCCGGCCAGGGGACGGGAACCCGCGGGCCGUGACGCUCAUCCCGGGGGACGGGAUCGGGCCGCUCGUGACGGGGGCCGUGCAGCAGGUGAUGGAGGUGAUGCACGCGCCGGUCUACUUCGAGACCUACGAGGUCCGGGGGGACAUGCCCACCGUGCCCCCCGCCGUCAUCGAGUCCAUCCGCCGGAACAAGGUCUGCCUCAAGGGAGGGCUCGCCACCCCCGUCGGAGGGGGUGUCUCCUCCCUCAACAUGCAGCUCCGCAAGGAGCUCGACCUCUACGCCUCGCUCGUCAACUGCUCCAACUUCCCCGGGCUCCCCACCAGGCACCAGGACGUCGACAUCGUCGUCAUCAGGGAGAACACCGAGGGCGAGUACUCGGGGCUCGAGCACGAGGUCGUGCCCGGCGUCGUCGAGAGCCUCAAGGUGAUAACAAAGUUUUGCUCUGAGAGGAUUGCCAAAUAUGCUUUUGAGUAUGCUUACCUUAACAACCGAAAGAAAGUCACAGCAGUGCAUAAAGCAAACAUCAUGAAGCUUGCUGAUGGUUUGUUCUUGGAAUCUUGCCGUGAGGUUGCCUCAAAAUAUCCUGGUAUUCAGUAUAAUGAGAUCAUUGUCGACAACUGCUGUAUGCAACUUGUUGCAAAGCCUGAGCAAUUUGAUGUUAUGGUUACACCUAACCUUUACGGCAAUUUGGUUGCUAACACGGCUGCAGGUAUUGCUGGAGGGACAGGUGUUAUGCCUGGAGGAAAUGUGGGUCAGGACCAUGCCGUCUUCGAGCAAGGUGCUUCUGCAGGAAAUGUCGGAAACGAGAAUAUUUUGGAGCAGAAGAAAGCAAACCCUGUCGCGCUGCUUCUAUCAUCCGCCAUGAUGUUGAGGCAUUUACAGUUCCCGUCAUUCGCAGACCGGCUGGAGACGGCGGUGAAGCGUGUCAUUGCAGAAGGCAAGUACAGAACAAAGGAUCUGGGCGGCACCAGCACCACUCAGGAAGUUACUGAUGCAGUAAUUGCCAAUCUGGAUUAGAUACUGGACGAUGCACGCCUGAGAUUAAUUCUUUUGGAGGACUAGUUCAUUAGUCCUGACUUCCGAUUAUUUUUCGUUUCGUAUAGAGUUCUAGAUCGUCAAUUUGUACGACGCUUCCCUGGAAGGAAUCGUGAGGCAUCUUAUUUCUUGUUCUGUUUCACAAAUAAUUCAGGAGGAACCCACGAGGAUUAUUCUUCACACGGUAUUGUGUAACAAGGUACAACACCUUCUGUUGCAAAUGGAAAUGCUGGCAGCCUUAAUUCCUUUUAA